AUGAAGCUAUCUUUGGUUUUCGUCGUUGUAGUUUUAAGUGUUGUGGUUGUGUUUAACGAAGGUACGUUUUUACAGUAUAUACUUCAUAUAUAUAUAAUAAUACUGUAUAUAGCUAUCUUGGCUUAAAAUAAAUAAAAGGGCUCAGCAAAUGACUACACAUUCUUAAACAUCAGAGCUAGGAUUUUACUCAAGAUUUGACUACUCAAUGACAAUGUUAGAAUUUUGCGUGAUUAUCACAACGGUAAAUCUGUUAUCCGUAUACCUCUUAAUAUAUAAAGCUUAUAGUUAUACCUGUUCUAUUGUAGGUUUUUACUUGUUUCUAACCAUCAAACUGACGUUUAUACGUCAUUUGAUCAAUUUCUAAAGUUGUUUCUUUUAGUUGGAUUUUUUGUAUUAAUUUGGUUAGGGUUAGGGUUGGGUUAGGGGUUAGAGUAGGGAUAGGGUUUGGGUUAGUUACAUAGCCAUGACGUCAGGCGUCAGUUUGGUAGAUGGAAACAAGUGCUGAUCUCUAUUCUAUGCUUCUGUGUACUGGAACAAUGAUAAUUAGGCAUGUGAGUUUUAUUUCAUUUUCUUAAUUCUGUACUUGCAGCUUGUAAUCCGGGUGGAAACACCAGACGUACACCACCCACAGAACGACCCACAUCUCGCCCCAGCACCGUCAGACCGAAUAAAAUUCACCGACGAAUUUUCCGUUUCAUCGUAACAUCGAAACCAGCGCUGAAGAAGACAUGCAAUGCACCGAAUGAAUGUUUGACUGACUGUGGGGUAAAUAAAUACGUUCUUGGAAGAUACGGCUGCACUGGAGGAUCAUGGUGUUGCGCAAGUAGAUAA